UGUUAUAAUAAUAAUAAUAAUAAUAAUAAAUACAUGUUCUGGAAGGAAUCGGUAAAGAGACGGCCAUGGACCUGGCUGGCCGAGGAGCAAGAGUCAUCAUGGCCUGCAGGAACAUGGAGAAGGCUAACAAAGUGGCAACUGAGAUCCGUGUGGCGACCAACUACCGUGGGGAGGUGGAAGUACGACGCCUGGAUACCUCAGACCUCGCCUCAGUCAGAGCCUUCGCCAAGAAGAUCCUUGAGAACGAGAAGUCUCUCCAUAUCUUAAUCAACAACGCAGGGAUUAUGGGACCUCCCAGACGAGAACUGACGGAGGACGGUCUCGAGCUCACCAUGGCUACUAACCACUACGGUCACUUCCUCCUUACCAACCUCCUCCUGGGUCUCCUGAAGAAGAGCGCUCCCGGCCGCAUUAUCAACCUGACUUCUGACAGCCACGAUUACGUAAAUAAACUCAACCCAGACAGCCUUAAUUUCGAACGGGACUAUUACUCCUCCAUGACAGCUUACGGCCAAAGUAAACUCUGCAAUAUCCUUUUCACAAUUGAGCUCACGAGCAAGCUUCAGGGUACAGGUGUGACGGCCAACAGUGUUCACCCUGGCUGUGUAUCCACGGAAAUAUUCUACAAGGGUCAGGUGACCUUCUUCGCGUGGCUCUGCGGGAAACUUUUCUAUCUGAUGGGAAAGGAUGCCAAGUUGGGGGCUGAACCUGUGAUAUACCUGGCGGUGUCUGAGGAGGUGGAAGGGGUCAGCGGCAGCUACUUUGUCGACUGCAAGGACACGGCGACGACGGAGCUGGCACGACAGAGGAAGCUGGCCAAGCAGCUGUGGAGGCUAGUGAGGUAGAUGUUAAACUGCAGCCGGAUGAGAGAUACUACUAGAGCACAGCUUUACAAGCUUCCACAGUGAGGAAACUGGAGAGAGGAGAUGCUGUUUGAUGAGUGACUCUAGUGAGGAAGAUGGCUACUGUGAAGUACUACUGUAAAGAGUAAGUCACUAUACUGUGGCUGAAACAGUUAGCAAUUAUCCCACAAAUUUUGGAUAAAAACACUAAACUUGCCACAUAAUAGAGAAGGAUGCACUGAAACCUCUAGUUUUCAUCUGCAGUUUAUGGGUUAGUUGUAAACAAUGUCAAAUAGGCAAAACGUGAGGAAAGUCUAUGGUAGACGGAUGAGGUUUCUCCAGUGAGAAAUACAUGCACAUGAACCGUAGACUCCUGUAAAAAUAGUUAACCCAAAACUGAGAAUUUCCCUGACCGAAAAAUGGGAGAAAUUAGAAUAAAGUUUGAGGAUAAACCUUACAACUGAGAAAUAUCGGAGAAGGAUCAGUUCUCGUGGUAAAUAUUUUACAAAGAUAAGGCUGAAAUCCUCCUCGGCUGAUUCGUGUUAAAGAAAUGUAUUUCCACAAAUGUUGUUUUGAGACCAGUGUGGGAAAUAAAUACAUGAACGUUAGAAAAGGGGUCAUUAAGUGGUUGAGCAUUAAUAAAAAGUUUGGAACUUGUCUAGGUGGGAAAUUCAAAACAAACUAUAAAUUAAUGAGAAAUGAUGAAGGGAAUCGGGAAUUUAUCACUGGAUGAAAAUUCAGAAUGAGAGAAAAAAAUUCUAAGAUUAAAAAAAAUAUAUAUAUUUCAGUUCCUUCCAAGGUGAGGAAAGGUGAAGGAGAAACAAAGAACUUACGGAAAAUGCUAGUUAGUCAAAGACAAA